GCCCACCUGUUGCAGGUGCCGAUGAAUUGCAAUCUCCUUGGUCCUCAAGUCGGUCUCCACCGUAGGUAAACUUGGCGUUGCUAUUCAACCGUUUGACUAUCUUAAAUGGAACCUACAGUUGAUACUACUGCCGCUGGUUUACAAGUGAAGGAUGAUCUUUCUGACAAAUGUCAGAAAUUAUUUCUCGAGUUCUUGGAGGAGUUUCAGGAUAAAACUGGUGAGCUUUUAUAUCUACCUGACGCCCAAGAAUUGAUUCGACCGGAGAGGAAUACUCUUACGGUCAACUUUACCAACAUCGAACACUAUAACCAGCAAUUAGGUACUACCAUACAAGAGGAGUACUACAGGGUCUACCCAUUUCUCUGUAGAGCUGUGCGCCAUUUUGCCCGUGACCAUGGGACAAUACCACCCUCUAAAGAAUUUUAUGUGUCCUUCUCAGAUUUCCCAACCAGACUUAAGAUCAGAGAGCUCACAUCUGCCCGGAUUGGCACCUUGACUCGCAUCAGUGGGCAGGUGGUGCGUACCCACCCUGUGCACCCAGAGCUGGUGAGUGCCACCUUCCUGUGUUUGGACUGCCAGACUGUCAUCAAGGACGUGGAGCAGCAGUUUAAGUACACCCAGCCCUCCAUCUGCAAGAAUCCAGUCUGUGCCAACCGCAAGAGGUUCAUGUUGGACACAAACAAGUCACGAUUUGUUGACUUCCAAAAGGUGCGUAUCCAGGAGACGCAGGCGGAGUUGCCGCGUGGUUGCAUCCCCCGUAGUGUGGAGAUUGUGCUGAGGGCCGAGGCGGUGGAGACGGCACAGGCUGGUGACCGCUGUGAUUUCACCGGCACCCUCAUCGUUGUGCCGGAUGUCUCUGCACUGGCCAUGUCAGGCACCAGGGCAGAGACCGAGACCAGAGUGACUGGGAGAGAGGGCUAUGAUAAGGACGGGAUCCAAGGGCUAAAGGCCCUGGGCAUGAGGGAGCUGUCAUACAGACUGGCCUUCUUAGCCUGCUACGUUUCCCCCACUAACCCCAGGUUUGGUGGUAAAGAUCUUCGUCUGGAAGACCAGACAGCAGAGAGUGUGAAGAACCAAAUGACCAUUCAGGAGUGGGAGAAGGUGUUUGAGAUGAGCCAGGACAAAAACCUCUACCACAACCUCUGCACCAGCCUCUUCCCAACCAUUCAUGGAAAUGAUGAGAUCAAGAGGGGGAUACUGCUUAUGCUUUUUGGUGGUGUUGGCAAGACAACCAUGGAAGGGACUUCUCUGAGAGGAGAUGUUAACGUGUGCAUUGUUGGAGACCCCAGUACAUCCAAGAGCCAGUUUCUCAAACAUGUUGAAGACUUUGCCCCCCGAGCUAUCUACACCAGUGGGAAGGCGAGCACCGCUGCUGGUCUUACUGCUGCUGUGGUGAGGGAUGAGGAGUCGAACGAGUUUGUCAUCGAGGCAGGAGCGCUCAUGCUGGCAGAUAAUGGAGUCUGCUGUAUUGAUGAGUUUGAUAAGAUGGACCUUAAGGACCAGGUGGCCAUCCACGAAGCAAUGGAGCAGCAGACCAUUUCAAUCACCAAGGCUGGAGUCAAGGCUACCCUGAAUGCCCGCACUUCCAUCUUGGCUGCAGCGAAUCCCAUUGAUGGCCGGUACAAUCGCUCCAAAUCCCUAAAGCAGAAUGUCAACAUGUCCGACCCCAUCAUGUCCAGAUUUGACCUGUUCUUCAUCCUGGUCGAUGAGUGCAAUGAGGUUACAGACUACGCUAUUGCUAGGCGCAUUGUGGACCUACAUGCUAGAAAUAUGGAGUCCGUGCAGAGGGUCUACAGCACAGAUGAUAUCCAGAGAUACAUUCUCUUUGCUCGUCAGUUUCAGCCCAAGAUCACGUCAGAGGCCAAGGAGUUUGUAGUGGACCAGUACAAGCGUCUGCGCCAGAGGGACAGCAGCGGCGGCACGGCCAAGUCGGCCUGGCGCAUCACCGUCAGGCAGCUGGAGAGCAUGCUCAGACUGUCCGAGGCCAUGGCCAGGCUCUACUGCUCCGACGAGGUCUAUCCCAAACAUGUGAAAGAGGCCUUCAGGCUACUUAACAAGUCCAUCAUUCGUGUCGACUCUCCUGACAUCAGUUUUGAUCAAGAUCAAGACAAUGAAGACCUUAAUGAUAAGAAGGACUUGAUGCAUGAGGAGGAGGCGCAGCAGAAGAUCACUAACGGAACCAACGGCCACGCAAUGGAAAUGGAGCAGCCUGACCAGGAGAGGCCCGUCGCCGCCGCCGCCGCCAAGCCCGCUAUCCGCAUGUCCUUCUCUGAGUACCGGAGAGUGUCCAACCUACUGGUGCUGCACAUGCAGAAGCUGGAACAGCUGGAUGAGGAGUCUUCUCUAAAGAAGAGUGAGCUGAUCAACUGGUAUCUGAAAGAGAUGGAGAGUGAGAUUGACUCCGAGGCUGAGCUCAUUGCCAAGAAAAGCCUGAUUGAGAGGGUGAUCCACAGACUCGUUCAUUAUGACCAUGUAAUCAUAGAACUGACAAAAACUGGACUGAAGAAAGUUGGGAAAGAAGGGGAAGAACCUGUAACGGAAGAAGACCCUUAUCUUGUGGUGAAUCCAAAUUACAUUUUGGAGGACUAAUGUUUUCACAAUGUGCAUAAAAUUGCAGGCUCAUGUUUGAUCAGCUUUUGAUGGAGAUGCACUGUGUAUGUGUAAAUGUAUAUACAGUGUCUGUUAACAAGAUAAUAAACAUGAUUUUGCACGUG